AGUGAACCUUAACCCGAUUCAUCAAACCCGCAUACGCUACCUCAAGAGGCCAAGACUACGUCGGGUAAACACGGCAGCGUAAUGCUCCGGCAUCGUUGAAAAUGUGGCGGAAUCACCGAUUAAUCGGCAACUACACGAAAACCGCCACCGCCAUCAUGCUCUUCAUUCCAUCAUUCUCUUCUUCUCAGACCCUAACUCUCAGAUCACUGCGAACCCUCAUCGCGCUCGCCUCAAACCCUAUUACUCUCCUCACACCGCCGCAGUUACCACAUCAGCCCUUAGGGGUUCAGCCGCCGCGCUCUUCGCUAACUCUAAGUAUAUGCCGAUUCUCACAUUCUUCUACAUCUUCUCCGAUUCCAACGACUGCUCGUGAUUUUUUCGGCUCUAGUUCGAACUAUAUAGGGGCUAAAUGUAUUUCUUCUUUUUCGUCUUCCUCCUCCUCCUCCUCCCCGUCGUUUUCGGUCGCUGAUACGCUGGAGUGGGAUGAACCUGCUGUGUGCGCAGAGGUUGAGGAUUCCGGCGAUGAUUUUGUGACUGACGAGGACGUUAAGCCGCCCAUUUCUGUUAGGGCUUAUUUCUUCUCUACCAGUGUGGAUUUGAGAAGUCUGGUGGAACAGAACAGACCCAAUUUUAUCCAGCCUACAUCACGCAUGACUAAUUACAUUGUAUUGAGGUUUGGCAGCAACAAGCCUGAGCAUAUUGGUUUGGGUUCGAGUUUAAGUGGGAGUGAAAGCAGCUACAUGGUAGUUUUUCAGUAUGGCUCCAUUGUCUUAUUCAAUGUCCGUGAUCAUGAAGUUGAUGGGUAUCUGAAUAUUGUAAAAAAUCAUGCUUCAGGAUUGCUCCAAGAGAUUAGAAAAGAUGAGUAUGAGGUGAAAGAGAAACCAAGUUUGGACACAUGGAUGCAAGGUGGGUUGGAUUAUAUAAUGCUGCAGUAUUUGAACAUUGAUGGGAUUCGUACAAUUGGCAGUGUUUUAGGUCAAAGUAUAGCUCUCGAUUACUAUGUUCGCCAGGUUGAUGGGAUGGUUGCAGAAUUCACUGAUAUAAACCGUGGCAUGGAAAAAACUGGAACUUUCACCAUGAAAAGGAAAAAGCUUUUUCAGUUAGUGGGGAAGGCAAAUUCGAAUCUUGCUGAUGUCAUACUUAAGCUCGGACUUUUUGAGAGAUCUGAUAUUGCAUGGAAGGAUGCGAAAUAUGCACAGAUAUGGGAGUAUUUAAGAGAUGAAUUUGAGUUGACUCAGCGAUUCGCGAGUUUGGAUUUUAAGUUGAAGUUUGUUGAGCAUAACAUUCGGUUUCUUCAAGAGAUUUUGCAGAACAGGAAAUCGGAUUUUUUGGAGUGGCUGAUUAUAAUACUGAUAGGUGCUGAAAUUCUUAUAUCUGUUUAUGACAUUGCUCAUAAAUCUAACAUUUUUGCCCCAUUCUUCAUCAUCAUCGACAUCUCGUCUCCAGUCCGAUUUCGGCCAGCGGUCGCCACCGCCGCCCUAUCCCGCCAUCACAGAGUCUUGCCAUUCUUCUUCCUAAACCUGGUAACACUCUUUUUCCCCCCUUCGUCUUCCCAAACCAACAACAUCACACCACCUCCUUUUGAAGAUAUCUGGUUUUCGGCAAAGCCUCUCUCUCGUGUCUCGUUUCUGCCGGUGGAGAAAGCACUCGCGUCGCCGACAUCUGGAGUAAGAAAAAAGAGGAACGAGAGGUGUCUAGGACCGUUGUCGGAGGGAUCUGAAAUCAAAAUCCAUGGAGGGCUAUGGGUGGUACCGGGUGGCGGUGAAGAUGAUGGACAGGCAAGACAUAAGACAAAUUGGAAAAGGAAACCUUUGCUGGAAGAGGAUUGUGAGACGUCUGAGGAGAAUUUGUUUUGUGGGAAGAAUGUGCUUAUUGAUAUGAGCAUAUAUUCUGCACUUGUCAUGGCUAUUCGUCGUGCCCAACAUUUCAUCUAUAUUGAGAACCAGUAUUUUAUUGGAUCAUCCUAUAAUUGGAGUAAUUAUAAAGAUUUGGGUGCUAAUAAUUUGAUUCCCAUGGAGACUGCUCUUAAGAUUGCUAAUAAAAUCAGAGCACAUGAAAGAUUUGCUGCGUAUAUCGUCAUCCCUAUGUGGCCAGAGGCUGUCCCCACAGGUUCCGCUAUACAAAGAAUUCUAUUUUGGCAGGGGUUCUUUUUAGAUCAAUGUGCAUCGCCUUCUACAGUUCUUCUUGGUUUCAAUCCACCAAAUAACUCUGGUUGA